GCCCCGCGCUGCGGCGCAGCCGCCACGUGACCGCGCAGGGCCGGCGAGCGAACAUGGCUGCGGCGGAGGGACCCUCCUUUUGGCUGGGGAAUGAGACCUUGAAAGUGCCUGUGGCGCUCUUUGCCUUGAACAGAAGACGGCUCUGUGAGCGCCUGAGACAGAAUAAGGAUGUCCAGAAGAAUUCAAUUGUUCUGCUGCAGGGUGGAGAAGAAACCCAGAGAUACUGUACUGAUACUGGUAUUGUGUUUCGCCAGGAUUCAUCCCCCUGAAUUUUUCAAGAACAAAUAUGCUGUGGAUGAAGCCUACUAUGUGACUGAGCUAUGCAGUGUAUUGGCUUCGAAGAAACCUGCUGUACUUCUCACUUUGCGUGGUGUUAAUACUGACAGUGGAAGUGUCUCCAAAGAAGCUUCCUUUGAGGGGAUCAGCCAAUUUAAUGUGAACAACAAAAUUCUUCAUCCUGAAAUUGCAGAAUGUCGUGUCAUUAAGACAGACAUGGAGUUGGAAGUUCUGCGCUACACCAAUAAAAUCUCCAGUGAAGCUCAUAAAGAGGUAAUGAAGGCUGUAAAAGUAGGAAUGAAAGAAUACGAGCUGGAGAGCCUGUUCCAGCACUACUGCUACACUCGAGGGGGCAUGCGCCACACCUCCUACACUUGCAUCUGUGGCAGUGGGGAGAACUCGUCUGUUUUGCACUAUGGCCAUGCUGGAGCCCCAAAUGAUAAAACUAUUGAAGAUGGAGACUUAUGCCUGUUUGAUAUGGGAGGAGAAUAUUACUGCUACAGCUCUGACAUCACCUGCACCUUCCCUGCCAAUGGCAAGUUCACAGCUGACCAGAGGGCUGUCUACGAGGCAGUGCUGAAGGCCUCAAGGGCUGUCAUGGCAGCAAUCAAGCCAGGGGUGGCCUGGCCUGAUAUGCACCGUCUGGCUGACAGAGUCCAUCUGGAGGAGCUGACUAGAAUUGGCAUUCUGAAAGGCAAUGUGGAUGACAUGGUGAAGGUUCAUCUGGGUGCAGUAUUUAUGCCACACGGGCUUGGACAUCUACUUGGAAUCGACGUGCAUGAUGUUGGAGGCUACCCAGAGGGCGUGGAGCGCGCGGAGGAGCCGGGGCUGCGCAGCCUGCGCACGGCGCGCCGCCUGCAGCCGGGCAUGGUGCUCACCAUCGAGCCGGGCAUCUACUUCAUCCAGCCCCUCCUGGAGCAGGCCCUGCACGACCCUGCCCAGGCCUGCUUCAUCGACAGAGACGUCCUGCAGCGCUUCAGGGCGUUCGGCGGGGUGCGCAUCGAGGACGACAUCGUGGUGACAGCCACGGGCAUGGAGCUGCUCACCUGCGUCCCACGGACCGUGCAGGAAAUCGAGGCUUUCAUGGCAGAAGGCCAGAGCAGUGCCAAAUCGUUUGGCUGCCUCUCCAGCCAAAAGCAGUAAACUUCAGGGUGGUACUUAUUGCCUCAACUAAUCAGUCAUCGCUCUGAUUUAAUGCUGCAGCAUAUAAAAUAAAAUGCAUCCAAUUCUUAAUAGCAAGAAAAUCAGCAGUUUACGUGACCAAGUGGCAGCCAAAUAACCCUGCUGCCUUAGCAGUGGGGCUUAUACUUCUGCCAGAUCUCAACUCAGAUGUAUCUUGCAGUUAAAUCUGAAUUUUGAUGAUUGGGACUCUAAAAUGCCAAAUGGAUUAUCUGAAAGCUAUGAGCAAUUGUAACACUCUUAAGUCCUUUUUUAAACUUCAUCACAAGUACUGUGAAAAACAGAAAUAAAAAUCAGUUGUUCUCAGUGGACAUAAUGACAUUUUCCUUAUGGAUCUGUAUCCGUGUACUAAGCAGAAACAAAUUUUGAUUAAAAUUCACCUUGGCAUCAUUUGUGUUCACAACUUCGUGGUCAUUUUACUUCUCUGCUCCAGUUCCUGCUUCUUUAUCUGACCCUACUACCAAUUUGUGCCCUGCAAACUUUGACCCUUCCCUAGCCAGAGUUCUCUGCUCUGGACAGUGGCUGUACUGAUCCUUCAAACAUAAUCCCAUGCUCAUUAGAUUUGUUCAUCUAUUUGUUCCUUAAAAACACAGAUUGCUGUGGUGUUCAUGACCCUUGAAAGUUGAAAGAAGGGAAUAUCUUCGCUGCAGGGCUCAUGGUCAUUCAGCAGCAUAUGCUCUACAGCAUGAUAUUUUUAACUGUUCAGUGUUAGACAGUUCAGAAUGAAAUAAUGUAAAUCUUAUUUGGAUACCUUACAAACAUAUUGAUACUAGUCACAAAGUUAUUUUCCACUCAUGCAAGAUCUAAAUUACCAAGAGAAGCUUCUCUUUGCUGUAGGUAUUCAUCAGCUUGCCGGAUAAUAAAUACACUUCUUGCACCAUAAAAUAGCACUAGGUGCUGGUAACUACAUAAAAAUAAUCUUUCUCACUCUACAUACACAUCAAAACUCCCGUUCAAUAUUCAGAUUCUGUUGCAGUUUGACUGCAAAGCCACUUCAGAACGUCCCUCUGCUGUGCCAGGAGGAGCUGAAGCCACAGCAGAGCAUCAGGGCCUUUCUGGGUCUCAGUGCCUGCCAGGUGAGGAUGUCCCACUGAAGGGAUCAGCUGAGCUGCAUCAGAGCAGCUCAGCUCUGCUGCUCACACCAGGCACUGACCCACGGGUGAUGGGUCAGUGAGCUCCCUGUGUCACCUGGGGGCUUGGGUGGUGUCAGGAACCACUGCCACUGCCUUGCUGCCUGCCCCCAGCACUGGAUUGCGGGGAAUGCCCAACGAGGGGAAACAAUGAUGCAUCUGACUCCGUCUUAUCAGAAGGCUAAUUAAUUACUUUAUUAUACUAUAUUAUUCUAUAUUAUAUUACAUUACAUCUAAACUGAAUCUGCCAAGCACUCAACUGCACAGAAUCGCAUGACUGUCCCCCAACAGUCCUGACACACACACACACCUGGCCCUGAUAGACCAAGGAAACACAACACCAUCACUGGGUAAACAAUCUCCAUAUUGCAUUCUACUUUGGCACAACACAGGCACAGCAAAGGAUAAGAAUUACUUUUCAUUUCUCUGAGGUUCAGAGAAUGUGAAACCCAGAAAUAUUUUUGGGAAGAAUUGUGCCUUGCUUUUCUCUGUGGAGAGAAAUGUGGCGACACUCCAGCACCGGAUUUAGGCCUGAAAUCAUUUCCUCAAGAAUCCUCAUAUACAUUGCUCCAGGAGAGCUCCUUUUGCUGAGCAGGUUGGUCUGUGUGGCAAGAACCUGCCCUUUAUUCCCGACAGCCUGGUGAUCCAUUGCUGUGGAGGAACCUUCAUGUGGGAGACCAAAGAAACGUGAAACAAUCCAGAG